CGACUCGAAAUCGAAAACAUCAAUUAGGAAAUUUAUAGUAGUUUCCUUUCGAUCGUUUUGUUUGAACAGGAAAGAAUCAACAAGCGUCACGAUAAGGCAUCCUUUUACCAUGUUCGGGGAUAUUUCUGUAAAUUUGAAGGUCUUGUGGCAAUUUUCACACUUGGGAAGGACUUUUUAGCAAGAUAUUCGCUCGUAGCAAUUCCGUGGUAGGAUCUUAAAUUGAACGACGAUGCAACGCGAUUCCUCUGUCAGAUGGGAAGAUUUUUGCCGUAAACAUGGCGAGAAUGCUGCGAAGUGCUUUGCAAGAGAGGUGAAACAGUUUGUGGACAAUAAUCCAGUUUACGAUGGCAUUGGUUCGGCCAACAUUUUCGCAAAAAAAUUCAUAGAAUGUUUUAACCAAACAUUUACAGCUGAACUGAUAAAUGCGACGUGGUCGGAUCUAAGCGAUCCUGAAUCGCCUGGACCGUUUUCAAAUGAGCAAAAUUUUGCUUCUAGUUUCACUCAUAUCAACGGACAAGAGCCAACAAGCAAAACACGCUCCAAAUUUAACUUUCGGCAUUUGUUCAAGCGAUCUAAUAGUGCAACGCAAAUAGAAAGUCAGUCAACGAGUACAAGUGUUCAUGAUACUAGACAGUCUGGGAGGUUUCGACCACCUAACUUGAGUCUGGAACAUGAACGAACGCCUGGAGACAUUAAAAAGGACGGUAUUCUUGAUUAUUUGAUGAAUCUAGAUUCUGGUGCAGAUCUGGAAGAAUUCUUCUGGCAGAAAUGUCGUGUUUUGUUGUAUAAAGCGCCCGGGGGGUACAUGUUAGAAUUCUACGCACCGCCAAAGGCCGCAAAGCCGAAGAAUGGUGUAUUUUGUUUUCUUAUUCACGAGGCAAGACAAGCGACUAUUUUGGAAAUGCCAGAUGGGGAUAAUGUGUUUGUUAUUAAGGCAGUGAACAAGAAGGAAUACAUGUUGAGAGCAAACAAUAAGUAUGAAAUGGAUACUUGGCUUAAGGAUAUUGUUCAUUGUAUGGAGGAGGAUCAAACUGGUCCUACAAGUCCCUCGACUCCAACUGCUCCUUCUUCAUUCUCAUCCCUUCCAACGCCACCUGUUAGUGGACAUGAUCCAAGAGAUGAGCCUCUUAUUGUUGCUUUACCUGAUGAGGAUGUAUCAGGUAGAAGACGCUUGUCAAGACAAACCAACAUUGAAGCAAAUACUGGAAUUCGUUAUUCGCCCGCACCUUUCAUGUCCAGCUCACCACCACCUGCCUUACCUCCACGCUCACAUUUAAUGAAUGACUCCGAACUCCAAACUAACGCAGACAACGGAAAUGACGCGCAUCGUGGCGUGUCCGAGGAGACGCCACCGCCUAGUCCGGAUAUGUCCACUACACAAGCGCGUACAAAUGAAAGGGAAACGACUUCUACAGAGACGCAAAACAGUCAAAAUUGGAUGUCGUUUACCGGGGACAACCAUCCUCUGGCUCCCUACCCCUGGUUUCAUGGAACUCUCUCACGUUUGGAUGCUUCUCAUUUGGUUUCCCAGGGGGGACAGCAGUGGCACGGAGUGUUUUUAUUGCGUCAGAGCGAGACGAGACAAGGCGAAUAUGUACUAACGUUCAACUUUCAAGGUCGUGCUAAGCAUCUGCGAUUGUCGUUAAAUGCAGAGGGUCAUUGCAGGGUGCAACAUCUCUGGUUUCCAAGCCUCUUUGACAUGCUCGAACAUUACCGCAGCAACCCCAUCCCUCUUGAAAGCGGUGGCAUCUCUGACGUUAUGCUGACCAAUUUCGUCGUACGUACCGGAGGGGAGAAUGAAAGUGCGCCCAGGAGGGCGUUAUCCGGAAGAGUAAACCGUGAAGAAGGACUAAGGCGAGCUCAUAGUGUUCAAGCCAGUAGGAUCAACAGGAUAGCAAUAAUACAAGGUGGCUCUGUUCGUCUACCUUCCAGGUCAGCCAAUCAACAGCCGAUACGUGUUCGUGCUGUUGAGAACCAUUAUUCGGUCAUGUGAAUAGAGAGUGGGCAAGCUGAAGGCUAUUUAGGCAGCGAAAACUGUUAAAUAGGUAAGAGAUUGCUGGCCUUUGUUGUAGGUAAUUGGUUCCUUGAGAGUAUAUUUCUAUAUUCAUGGAUUGACAUGUACAUGUGGGUGAAGACAAGGGCUUUGUGAGACGAACGGACAACAGUCAAACAAUUGAGACUUCGUCUUUUCCCAAAUAACGAUAUUAAUUAAUAAUAAUUUUUAACUUAUUACUAUAGUAUAGCUGUUUCGGUUAUAAACAGAAAAUUAUAUUGUAAAGUUGUGUUUACGAAUAUCAGUUAUGGCCCCAAA